UGAAGCCGAAUCGACGGCUGUAAGUCAAAACGACCAGCAAUCGUUUCGCGCGAAGACCAUUAUCCUCGCCUUUGUAAGCAAUUUUAUUGACCUGAAUAGUUCCGGCUGUGUUAAAUCGAGAAGAUGGCGAUGUCUGCAGUAAACCCUUCAAGUCUGCUGCCCCUAGAGCUGAUUGACAAGUGCAUUGGCUCCAAGAUCCACAUAAUCAUGAAAAGUGACAAAGAAAUUGUGGGAACGCUCCUCGGCUUUGACGACUUCGUCAAUAUGGUGCUCGAGGAUGUUACGGAAUACGAGAGCACGCCCGAAGGCAGGAGGAUUACGAAACUCGACCAAAUCCUUCUUAACGGCAACAACAUAACGAUGAUGGUUCCUGGAGGUGACAUGCCAGACUCGUGAACGAGAUGGUGUUCGUGCUUUCCCUUCGAGUGAAGGAGUUCAUUCAGCACUCAUUCCAGCAUUGUACAUAAGUUAUUAAAAUGUCAUCCCCUUAA